AUGAAGGUCGUUAUUCAAAGAGUGAAAAAAGCAUCGGUGACGGUUGACAACGCGGUGGUGUCGGAGAUUAAGAAAGGACUCUGUUUGCUCGUUGGGAUCAGCACGGAGGACACGGUCGAGGACGUGACGAAGCUGGCGUCGAAGGUGUUGAAGUUGAAGCUGUUUGAGGAUGCGGAGCAGGCGGCUGGGACAAACACGGAGUGGGUGGGCAAGCCAUGGAUGAAAAGCAUUGUCGAUAUCCGUGGUGAGAUCUUGUCGGUGUCGCAGUUCACGCUUUAUGCAAGCGUGAAGAAGGGUGCCAAGCCGGACUUCCACAAGGCGCAGAAGGGCCACGCGGCGGUGGAGCUGUACACAGAGUUCCUGUCGCAGCUCAAGAAGGGCAUGCACAGCGUCGAGAGCGUGCAGGACGGGCAGUUUGGCGCCAUGAUGGACGUGGCGCUGGUCAACGACGGCCCCGUGACCAUUGUCUACGACACGAGGGACAAAUAG